AGUUUUAUCAUCCAGAUGAAAAUAAUACUGUUGGUUGUCAUGAAAAGAUUAUUCGUCUACAGUGUCAAGUUAAUUUUAUAAAAUUAAUUCCACAUAAUCUUGAUGAAUGUCUAUUUGUAGUUUUAAUUUGCCGUGAAAUUCAUAAUCAUCUACCACCUCCGCCAUCAAAAGUUCCAACAA